AUGAGCUUCCAAAUUUUAACACUUGCCCUUUUCUUAUUGAUCUCAUCAACUUUGUCGCAAUAUAUCAGUCAAAGUAAGUUGAAAAAUUUUAUGAUUUGGCAUUUAGUAACUUUAGAGAAGUUAUCAAUCUGUUCGCAAUAAAUUACUGCACGUAUUUUACCUUGAUUUUCAGACGGCCCUCCCCGAUUUAUCCAGAAUUCCCGGAAGCAUCAAUACACAUACCUCGGAGAUACGAUCAAACUCAAGUGCACGGCAGUUGGAAGACCUCACCCGAAAGUCCAUUGGUAAGAGUUGAAGGGCUGAAAAACCUUGGCUACUACCAGCAUAGCACGGCAGCUUCUGGGGAAAAUUGAAAAAAAUUGUCAUUUUUUUACAACGGAAGUAUGCCACGUGCAACGCUGGUUUUUUUUUUUAAUUUUCCGUACACGUACAGCGAGGGACCGGAUCCAAGGGCAAAAAACGUCUCAUUUUGCAUCCCGGAAGGGACCAAAAUGUCUCCAAACCCUUCCCUUCUCUAAGCUAAAAAAUCCCGCUUAUAAGAGCUCGCCUUGAAGGGAAGGGCGCGCUUUUUAAAGCCGAGUUUUUUAGCUUAAAGAUGGGAAGGGUUUGGAGUCAUUUUGGUCCCUUCCGGGAUACGAAAGGAGACGUUUUUUGCCAUUGGAUCAGGUCCCUCACUGUAGACACAUAAGUGACAUAUCAAUGCCGAAAAAAUUUAGCUCAUGCUUUGCAGGAGCAGCCGAGAUAUUGAACAAUCUUUUUUCCGAGAGAGUACGCUAAGCGCGGAGAGCGGUCAGAGAAAAAACACUUUUUGGUUAUAUUUUUGAUAAUUUAGUGAGGAAAAAAUUAAUUUUUUGUGGAAACAUUACCCUCUGCGGUAGAAAUAAACGUAAUACCUUUAAUGUCAAUACUCAUAAAAAACUGUCGCAAUUUUUCCAACUUCCUACCUAAAAACCUCGGUCAUUUAUGCCUAGCUGGGAGUGUGACUUACAUGUAUGUGUUAGAAAAGAUUAUUCUAAACUUUUAACAAAAUUUCAUCAAAAUCUGAGCGUCGCACUUGAGGUACUUUCCAAAAAGUUAUGUGUGAAAAACUGGGUUUUUUGUCAAGUUGACUUUCUGUAUUAUAGCGCUUCAAAUCUGAUGACAUCAAAGCCUCAAAUUAGCCUCAAAGACCUUUAAAACUAACAUUAAUUCCUUGCAGGUACUUCAAUGGAACGUACCUGAACUUCACCUUUUUCCACGAGCAUCCCCGAUUUCAGGACAAAGGAAUGGAAUUGGAGAUUCGAAGAGUUGAAGUUGAAGACAAAGUAAGUGGGAAUUGUCAUAUUAUUUGCUUCGAAUUUUAGGGCAACUGGGCCUGCAAGGUGUGGAACAAUGAAGGCUCCAUUACUCGAAAUUUUACCUUGCAUAUAAUCGGUAGGUCAUAAAUUUGAAGUGAUUUUGUUGUGGUGUGAAUCCUGCACGUUUGAUUGCAAAAAAUUUUUCGGCCGGAUUUGAAUUGGCUAUAACUUUUUUAGUUUCUGUCCAAAUUGUAAAAUUCUUUUUUUUCCUGCAUCCCUAGGCGUCCCCAUUUUGUUUAAUACCAUAUAUGUGAUGCCCAUUUAUUAGACUACAGCAAAAAUUGAAGACAAAGGAAAAACUCUAAUUUUCAUAGCCGACAAGGGAAUUGCCCCUGGUGCGACUCUCAGAUUUUCUUUAAAUUUUGCACAUGGGUAUAAACAAAAUUUGGACGUCUGAGGAUUCAGGGGAAAAAAGAAUUUUAACAUUUGGAUAAAAAAUAACAAAGUUAUAGUCAAUUCAAGUCCGGCCGAAAAAUUGCCGCACCCUCUAUAUCUUCCCAAUUUCCUCCCCAAUGUCUCCCACUUUUUUGCCGUUCCACCCCACGCACUUUUCAGACUUUUGCGACUACUUUCUCUCCGCCGACACUGAAGCCGUUCCGGUCAAAACGUCCGAGGCCUGUCUCUGCGAAUGGUUGUCCACAAAAGAGCCGACUUUCGACGGCGAAUUCGACUCCUUCUACGACGCCUACUGCCUGGAGUACGCCAAGGACAUCGAGGUGACCAAAUUCCGCUCCACGGCGCAUUUGAUGGCCAAUUGCGAGGGUGGGAAAUGCCCCGAGAAGAAGCUGAUCCACUACGACUCCGCCGAGAGCGACACGUUUGCCGUGAACACACCGCUGGGUACUGUAAUUUUUUGUGUUGCGUUUUAGAUCCGGUCCGCUUCUUCGACGAGCUGAAGCGGUUGGGCGUCCCGGACGUGCAGACCAUGUUCCCGGGCCUCAUCGACGACGCGGAGAUGCUGCGGCUUCGCUCGGCGCUGAACUCAUACGAUCCCAAUUUAGAUACCGAGGAGAAGGUGGAGCGGGCGAGGAGCAUUCUGCGCGAGCGCAUACCCGAGCUGGUCCACGAGCACGAGGCGGAAAAGAAGAAGGCGGAGAAGAAGGAGAUUGAGUAUCUGAAGAAGGAGGCGCAUCAGGAUGGGAAGAGCAGUGAGGUGGUGUACGAUGAGGAGGAGGAGGACGAAGAGGGAGGGUAAGUUGAAUGUAUAUGUAUAUGUAUAUAAGGUGGGUUCCGGGUAAAUUCAAAUUUUUUUGGGCCACGGGACUCAGCCACGGGUUUCGGCCACGGAAAAAAAAAUUUUAAAAUCUGAAAAUUUCGUGAGACAUGGCCCAAAGUCGCGUUUUACUCUGCUCCGUUAACUCCGCCCAUUUUUUUUACACUCUCGACUUCAAACUCCACCCAUUUUGUAUUGAUGAUACUGUAACAAAAUUCGAAUUUAGAGACCAUGGCCGAAUGUUGAACGCUGUGAAAAUUGAACAUCCAUACUUCAGCCAUGUCCAAAUGUGUAGCCAUGUUCGGCCACGAGAUCGGAUUCGUGGCCCAUUUUUUAUUAGUAGAUUUGGGAUUCGGCCAUGGCCGAUCCCGAAAGUUUCAGCCAUGGCUGAAACUUAGACGUUUUUCGAACACAUUUCGGCCACGAGAUCGGAUUCGUGGCCCAUUUUUUAUUAGUAGAUUUGGGAUUCGGCCAUGGCCGAUCCCGACAGUUUCAGCCAUGGCUGAACUUAGAGUUUUUAGACGAAAUUUCGGCCACGAGUUCGAUUUCGUGGCCCAUUUUUUAUUCGUCGAUGGGGGAUUCGGCCAUGGCCGAUCCCGACAGUUUCAGCCAUGGCUGAACUUAGAGUUUUUAGACGAAAUUUCGGCCACGAGUUCGAUUUCGUGGCCCAUUUUUUAUUCGUCGAUGGGGGAUUCGGCCAUGGCCGAUCCCGACAGUUUCAGCCAUGGCUGAACUUAGAGUUUUUAGACGAAAUUUCGGCCACGAGUUCGAUUUCGUGGCCCAUUUUUUAUUCGUCGAUGGGGGAUUCGGCCAUGGCCGAUCCCGACAGUUUCAGCCAUGGCUGAACUUAGAGUUUUUAGACGAAAUUUCGGCCACGAGUUCGAUUUCGUGGCCCAUUUUUUAUUAGUAGAUUUGGGAUUCGUGCAUGGCCGAUCCCGAAAUUUUCAGCCAUGGCUGAAACUUAGACGUUUUUCGACCGCAUUUCGUCCGCGAGAUUUCAGAGUGUGCUAUGAGUUCAGCCAUGGCUGUGCAGUAAAACGGAAAGUAUCAUAACCGCAAUGUAAGUGCAGUAAACGGAAAGUAUCAUAACCGCAAUGAACGGUGGCGAGAAAGCUUUCUAAAAAACAAAAGUUUUUAUUUCAAAACCUAACAUCAAAAAUAUUAUUAUAUCCAUCGGGUUAACGUCGUCGGCAUCGAUAUCCGGUUCGUUGAGGGGGUUGUUCAGUUGUGUCUUCAUAGCUAAACCAACGUAAAUAGGGCUGAAGAAAGGCUUACCUGCCCAGAAUUUCGUCGCAUCUUUGGAUAAAUUCAUGGUUUCGAUCUGCCCCUUCUUCAACACCAUCGAUUGAGUCGUUUUCACCAUGUUUUUGAACAAUUUCUUCGAUUUCGGCACUAAAUCAACAUAAAUAAUCGCAGAAAGGCUUACCUGCCCAGAAUUUCGUCGCAUUUUUUGGAUAAAUUCAUGGUUUCCAUCUUUCACCUCUUCAACACCAUCGAUUGAGUCGUUUUCACCUUGUUUUUGACCCGUUUCUCCAGGUAUCGAAACACCAAUUUUGCCAAGCGGAGAAAAAAACGCCGCCAUCAUUGUUCCCUGACGAAAUUCUGGACAGGUAAGCCUUUCUUCAGCCCUAUUUAUGUUGGUUUAGCUAUGAAGACACAACUGAACUACCCCCUCAACGAAUCGGAGAUCGAUGCCGACGACGUUCACCCGAUGGAUUUCGACGAAUAAUAUUUUUAUUGUUAGGUUUUGAAAUAAAAACUUUUGUUUUUUAAAAAUCUUUCUCGCCACCGUUCAUUGCGGUUAUGAUACUUUCCGUUUACUGCAUUUACGUUUCAGCCAUGGCUGAACUUUCGAUAGAACACUCUGAAAUCUCGUGGCCGAGAUUUCGUCUAAAAACUCUAAGUUCAGCCAUGGCUGAAACUGUCGGGAUCGGCCAUAGCCGAAUCCCCCAUCGACGAAUGGGAUUCGGCCAUGGCCGAUCCUGAAACUUUCAGCCAUGGCUGAAAUUUAGACGUCUUAGAGGAAAUUUGGGCCACGAAAUCGAACUCGUGGCCGAAAUGUGGUCGAAAAACGUCUAAGUUUCGGCCAUGGCUGAAACUUUCGGGAUCGGCCAUGGCCGAAUCCCCCAUCGACGAAUAAAAGAUGGGCCACGAAAUCGAACUCGUGGCCGAAAUUUCGUCUAAAAACUCUAAGUUCAGCCAUGGCUGAAACGUUUGGGAUCGGCCAUGGCCGAAUCCCCCACCGACGAAUAAAAAAUGGGCCACGAAAUCGAACUCGUGGCCGAAAUUUCGUCUAAAAACUCUAAGUUCAGCCAUGGCUGAAACGUUUGGGAUCGGCCAUGGCCGAAUCCCCCACCGACGAAUAAAAAAUGGGCCACGAAAUCGAACUCGUGGCCGAAAUGUGGUCGAAAAACGUCUAAGUUUCAGCCAUGGCUGAAACUUUCGGGAUCGGCCAUGGCCGAAUCCCAAAUCUACUAAUAAAAAAUGGGCCACGAAUCCGAUCUCGUGGCCCAAAUUUCCUCUAAGACGUCUAAAUUUCAGCCAUGGCUGAAAGUUUCAGGAUCGGCCAUGGCUGAAUCCCAAAUCUACUAAUAAAAAAUGGGCCACGAAUCCGAUCUCGUGGCCGAACAUGGCUACACAUUUGGACAUGGCUGAAGUGUGGAAGUUCAAUGUUCUCAUUCGACCAUGGCUCUAAAUUUUGACUUUGUUACAGUACCCCAGUGGGAGGAGCCUCUUAAGUCGAGAAUGUAAAAGUGGGCGGAGCACAGUAAAAAACUCGUGGGACAUGGCCGAAAAAAAAGUUCGAUUUUUCACUUUUUUUCGUCCAUGGCUCUGGGCCACUGGCCCAAAAAUGGUGGCCGAAACCCGUGGCUGAGUCCCGUGGCCCAAAAAAAUUUGAAUUUACCCGGAACCCACCUUAUAUGUAUAUGUAUAUAUAUAUGUAUAUGCAUAUGGGUUUGUAUAUGUAGUUGUAUAUGUGUAUGUGUAUGUAUAUGUAUAUGUAUAUGUAUAUGUAUAUGUAUAUGUAUAUGUAUAUGUAUAUGUAUAUGUAUAUGUAUAUGUAUAUGUAUAUGUAUAUGUAUAAGUAUAUGUAUAUGUAUAUGUAUAUGUAUAUGUAUAUGUAUAUGUAUAUUUAUAUGUAUAUGUAUAUGUACAUGUAUAUGUAUAAUAUACUAUGUAUACGUAUAUGUAUAUCAGUCUGUCGGGAAAAUAAUGAACAUUAACUUCGUCUUGGAACGGUAUACUGUGACAUCAAAGAUAUAUGAUGGUUUUUGCAGUAUAUGUCGUCUAAAAACAUUUUAAUUUCAGUUUCAUAUCCACUGUAACUGCCCUUCCCCUGCACGGAACAACCCCUGCCCAUCCGUUCGCCGAGAUCGGCGCUCGCGCUUUCAUAACGAGCCAAAGGCGCGACGAGAAAACCAAUGAUGUAGUUGUAAUAGACGUCAAAGAAGAUCCACUUCCAACGACAACUACACGCUCCUACACGAACAUCUGGACCACCAGGAAAUGGCGGAUUCCUGUGGUUCCAACAAAAGUCGCUCCGUAUUUCAAGCAGCCCGAGGAGGAGAAUACGAUUGUCUUGCCGUCGGGAAGAACGCUGAAACUGAGUUGUAAGGCCGGUGGAAUCCCAGAGCCUCAGGUGAUUUGGCGAAAGGAUCACGAAGAGGUCGGGUCGGAGUCGGAACGGAGAAGUGGAGCCGCGUACAAGGUGCGGAAGUGGUCGUUGGAGCUGGAAGACGCGUCCGAAGCGGAUUCAGGUGAGUUGGAAGGCUAUUGUAAAGCAGUUUUAUACUAUUUUUUAGCUCGCUUUUUGCAAAAACCAUAUUGAUUUUUUAACACCAAAAGCGAAAAAAUGCAAGAUUUUUCCCCUUUCUUCCGAAAAAUUCGGGAUUUUUUUUCAGAAUUUUGAAAUAGGACGGAAAAUUUGGAACUGCUCGGAGCCAUGCCUAUCUAAUUCGACGAUCUUUGCCGUCGAGGCAGUAGGCGCUACGCGGGGAGCGGUCACUGAGAAAGACUCCUUAAAAAACCUUCUCUUCCAUGACCGCUUUUACAUAAGGAGGUUUUCUCAUGCAAUGGUCUAUGAGAACCUUUAAAUUUUUAUUUUUCAGGCCACUACUCCUGCGACGUCUUCAACACCGCCGGCACGAUUCGUCGCGAUUUCCGCGUAGAAGUCAGAGAUCGCAUUCGUUCGAGGCCAAUCAUCUUGCCCAACGUCCUGUUGAAUCAAACUGUAAAUGCGAACGGGACCGUCAACUUUACUUGUCAAGUCCUCUCCGACCUCAUUCCUCAUGUGGUUUGGAUCAAGUUGAUCAAACUCGAUGGAAGUUAUAUUCGUUGGGAUGAGAAGCAAAGUCGGCAUGUCUUCAACUUUUUGGACAUGAGCAAGGUUAAGGUAGGCGAAAAUACAAUAAAUGAAACCAAACAAUUUCCGCGGUCGCAAGAGCAACUUUUAGGGUAAAAUGAAAAGUUUCCCAUGUGCGACGCUCAGAUUGUGACAAAAUUUGGCAUUAAUUUAGAAUACUUUUUUCUAAAAAAUAUGUGAGAAUCCUAGCUUGCGCUUUGCAGAAAAGACCGAGAUUUUUCGGUCGAAAGUUAGCAAAAAUGCAAAGUUUUCUAUCGAAUUUUAGCAUGAAAAGUUAUAUACCUAUUUCUACCGUAGAGGGUGAUGCUUCCACAGAAAAACGUUCUUUUUUUGGGCAAAAUUGACAAAGAUAUGGCUAAAAAGUAUUUUCCUCUGUGACCGCUCUCCGCGUUUUGCGUGCUCUCUCGGCCGCAAAGAUCGUUUAAUAUCUCGGCGGUGCCUGCAAAGCGACAGCUAAAAUUUCCUGAAAUUGAUAAAGGCCUAUUCCCAUUCCCAUUGCUUGUACGGAGUUCCAGCUGUGUAAGGCCGGGAAAUAAAAAAAACAAAUAAAUUUUACAGUCAAUUCUUGAGAAAAAUUCAUCAAGUAUUUUUGCGAAAACGGGUAAACGAAUUGGGAAAACAAGUAAAAGAACAUCUGAAGACACCAUUCCCACGACGCGUAAACUUUUCACAAGCGAAAUUCGCUGAGAUAUGGCUAAAACACAAUAUAUAAUGGGGGACCUGAUCCAGUGGAUAAAAACGUACCAUUUUGCAUCCGGGAAGUAUCAAAAAUGUGGCAAAAUGCUUCCCUCUCCAAGUGAAAAAACUUCAUUUUGAAGGGCGCGCCCUUUUUUCUCACAAAGAGAGCGGGCGCGUUUUUUUGGAAUCUGAGUUUUUUCACUUGGAGUGGGAGGUAUUUUGCCACAUUCUUUGAUGCUUCCUGGAUGCAAAAUGGUACGUUUUUUGCCACUGGAUCAGGUCCUCCACUGUAGCUAGUCCCAAAAUUUGCUCGUUAUAUCAAUUGGUCGGGAAAAUAAUGUGGAUUCGUCACAGCCAAGUCUUGACUCGUCGCAGUAGCGCACCAAGUCUCCAGCCACGGCUGGUCAUUGCAAAAUGAUGACGGGCAUUUCAAGGCGCGGCAAAUCCUCAUUAUUUUCCCGACAGACUGAUAGAUGGGUCUCACUGUCUAGAGAUUCAUUCUGGUCGAUAAUUGAUUACAGUGACGGACCUGAUCUAGUGGCAAAGAACGUACCAUUUCGCAUCCGGGAAUUAUCAAAAAAUGUAGUGUAGCGGCUAAAAUUUUCGACUCUCCGCAUUUUACGCUCUCUCUCUCGACGGAAAAAAAUUUAUUUUUUCCUCCUUGCUUUUAUUUUUUUCUCCUUGCAAUCUAUUACCUUGGUACUUGUACUGGAUUUUUAGAAAGCCCGAAUCUUCCACGAUAAUCUCAACAAGCGCUACACUUUGGUCAUCUUCAACACCUCUAUUGCCGAUCAAGGAAUCUAUUCCUGUGUGGCUGGCAAUACCCUUGGCAUGGUGAGUUACUACGGCUCUAUAUUCCAAUAAAUCACAAAAAAAAAUUGCCAUAAUAAUCUAUUUUCAGUCCAUGGCAAACGCCACGUUAACAGUCAACGAAUUCCGAGCGAUGACAUUGCCCACCGACAACCCGUAUCCGGCUUGGCCAUUGGCCUACACAGUGCUGUUGAUACUGUUUAUUUUAAUGUUGCUGCUUUGUGCCGGACUUGCUGCCUUGUAUUACUUCUUCUCGGAUCGAGUGCAGAAAAAUCGGAUUCAGAAUUUGGACAAAAUGGCUGUGAGGAAAAAGGUAAAAUUUUUGAGAAAAAAUCAAAAAUUUUUUUUUUUUUUUUGAAUUUUUCAACAUGUGAAAAUAUUUGAUUUUUUUACGUAGAGCGUAUAUUUCUGAAAAAAAUUAAUUUUUGGACUGAAUUGUGCGAAAAUUUCGGGUUUUUUGGGCUGUACUCUGCGAAAAAUUUCGACUUUUUUGGGUUGCACUGUGUGACAGAAAUCAAUUUUUUUGAUUGCACUGUGCGAAAAAAAUUCGACUUCUUUGGACUGCACAGUGCAAAAAAAUUCAAUUUUUUUGGAUUGCACAGUGCGAAAAAAAUUCGACUUUUUUGGACUGCACAGUGCAGAAAAAACCAACCUUUUGCAUUGCACGGUGCAAAAAUAAAAAUUUUUUGGGCUGCACAGUGCAAAAAAAAUUCAAUUUUUUGAGAGUGCACAGUGAAAAAAAUCCAUUUUUUGGACUGCACAGUGCAAAAAUUUCGACUUUUUGGGCUGCACAGUGCGAAAAAUUUUUUGGUCGAAAAUUUUUUAAAAGCCUUGAAAUUUAUUCUACAGGCCCUGCACGUACUCAAAAAAUUUUUUUUGAUCAAAAAGCCACCCCUUUUCAGGUAAUAAUCACCAAAAAGCCGCAAAAAGAGGAUGUUUGGUCGGACCUUGCAUCCAGCUACGCCAUCACCGUUGAGCCGGUCAUCAACGGCGACCGAACACGUCGUCAGCACUCCGAAGAGUCGGGGGUCAGCGAAUACGAAGUCCCGACCGACAUGGCCUGGGAAAUCGAGAGAAAUCGGCUGACGUUGAAGGAUAUCGUCGGCGAAGGCGCUUUUGGCGAGGUGUGGAAGGGAACAAUGGCGCCAAAGCCCAAAUCCGAUGAGGUUGAGACAAAAGUGGCGGUGAAGAAGCUGAAGCCGGCCGCGCAGGAGAAGGAGCUCAUAAUUUUGGUCAGUGAAAUGCAAAUCUUCAAGAGCAUUGGGCAGCAUAAAAAUAUCUUGAAGCUGGUCGGUUGUUGCACUGGAACUGGCCCAUUAUUGGUGGUUCUGGAAUAUUGUCCGCAUGGAAAUUUACGGUAAUGGAUUUUUCAAUCAUUUUACAGUAUUUUUUAUGUAAUCUGGUAGGAUUAUCUGAUUGCACUGUGCAAAAAUUCAAAAUCAAAAAUUUGCACUGUGCUGCUGGAAAGUGAGUCUAUUUGGAGGUAAAAUACGACUAACCAACAGAAUAUUGUACUAUAAGCUACAUGGUUUUAUAUAUUCUCAUAAGGCUCAAAAAAAUUGGCGAAAAAUCGACCGCACAGUGCGGAAAUCAAAAAUUUGUUUUUUGCACUGUGCUGGAGGAAAAUGGCUAUGUUUGGAAAGUAAAAUACGGCUAUCCGGUCAUACCUAAUCGGUUUUUUAUAUUCUUGUAUUUCUCACAAAAAAAAUUGGCGAAAAAUCGACCGCACGGUGCAAAAAUUUCAAUAUUAAAAAUUUGCACCGUGCUGGAGGAAAAUGAGUCUGUUUGGAAAGUAAAAUACGAUUAACAGAUAGAUGAUUAAGCUGCAAGCUACUUGGUUUUUAAUAUUCUCAUAGGUCUGAAAGAAAUUUUGCGAAAAAUCGACUGCACGGUGCGGAAAUCAAUAAUUUGUCUUUUGCACCGUGCAAAAAAAUCAAAAUGAAAAAUUUGCACUGUGCUGGUGGAAAAUAAGUUUCUUUCAAAACUAAAAUACGGCUGAGUGUUAGGUGAUUCAACUAGAGACUACUUGUUUUUCCAUAUUUUCAUAGGGUUAAAAAAAUUCGUCGGAAAAUCGACCGCACGGUGCAAAAAUCAAAAAUUAUUUUUUCGCACCGUGCAAAAAAAUCAAAAUCAAAAAUUUGCACUUUGCUGGAUGAAAAUGACUCUUUUUGGAAAGUAAAAUACGAUUAACAGAUAGAUGAUUAAGCUGAAAGCUAAUUUGCUUUUCAUUUUCUUACAGAUCUCAAAAAAAUGACGAAAAAUCGACCGCACGGUGCGAAAAUCAAAAAUUUGUUUUUUGCACUGUGCAAAAAUUUUUUAAAUUUUUUAAAAAUUUUUCAGAGAUUUUCUCCGGAAACAUCGACCCAAGACGUUGAGUAUUAACACCGAGAACUCUGAGAACCCGGAAUCUUCGAAUUAUCAAUACACCAGCACUCAUAAAGCAUCAACUGUGGAAAAACAAUCGUCUUUGGACUGCCUGACGCUCAAAGAUUUGAUCCGAUUUUCGACGGAAAUUGCGCACGGCAUGGAGUUUUUGGCCAGCCGAAAGGUAAUCACAGCUUUCUAAAUUUGUAUUUGCAACAUGAUUUUAUUCAAAUUUUGCUAAUUAAAAUUUAUGAAUAUUCAAAUAAAAUUUUUUUUCAGAUUAUCCAUCGAGACUUAGCCGCCAGAAACAUCCUUGUCGCUGAAGAUUACAGUAUGAAAAUAUCUGACUUUGGCCUUUCUCGCAACAUUUUCUAUCAAGAUUACUAUCGGAAAAAAGGCGCUGGCCGACUUCCCAUCAAAUGGAUGGCUCCAGAAGCGUUGGAAGCCAAUGUUUACACCGUCUACAGCGAUGUUUGGAGUUAUGGAAUUGUCUUGUGGGAGAUUAUGACUUUGGGAGGAACGCCUUACCCGAGUAUCGCAAUGCCACAACUUUAUAAUGUGCUCAAGGUAAAGAAAACGAAAUUUUUUAAGACGUCCCGACCUUUCGUGUCAGUGAUAGUUUGGGUCAGCGUAGAAUCGAUUGAUACGAGAGGUAUGACAGGGAGAGAUCCAAAAAAAUAUUGUGGAAAGCGUCUACAAGGCCUGGAAAAGCCGUUGGACCUUAGGCGGAUGCUCGGCGAGGGCUUGGCCGCAUCCCGACUUUUCUGGUCUUCGACUGUUCGGGAAAAUCGACCGAUACGGGGCGUAGGGCAGGUGGAUACCCAAAAAAAGUUUGUAGGAAAUGUCUAGAAGGCCUGGAAAAGCCGUUGGACGCUAGGCCGAUGCUCGGCGAUGGCCCGGCGGAGACUUGGCCACGUCCAGACUUUUCGGGUCGAUGACAGUUAGGGUCGACACAAAAAUUGUUUGAUACGGGGGACGUGACAAGGGGAGACCCAAAAAAACAGUUUAUAAACUGCCUAUAAGGCCUGUAAAAGUCAUCGGAUUCACGGCUGAUGCUCGGCGAAAGCUUGGCGGAGACUUGGAUACCUCCAGACUUUUCGGGUAGACAACAGCUCGGGACAGCAUAAAAUCGAUCGAUACGAGGAGUAUGACAGGGGCAGACCUAAAAAAUUUUUUAGAAAGUGUCUACAAGGCCUGGAAAAGCCGUUGGAUUCUCGGCAGAGCCUCGACGAAAGACUCGGCGGAGACUUAGCGAAGACUUUCUAAAUUACGAUUUUUUUGAAUUUUAGCUAUUUUUAACCUUUGUUUUCUUUACCCUCGGUGAUCGUAAUAUAUAAAAAACCAAAAUUUGUCGCAAAAAACGAAAAUUCAUAAGUUUUAUGUGGAUAUUAUUGAUGUGAGGACAUGUAAAAUACCUCAAAAUAGAUGGUAAACUAACUACUCUUGGACACGAUCAGUCUUGUCAUUUUGUAACCUGAGCCAUCUCCGAGCCUCUCUCAUGCAUAACACAACAAGAGAAAGGCAAUUCAAAGCAUCGUCGACCCGAACUGUCGCUGACUCAAAAAGUCCUAGCGUCCAUUUUUGAUGACUCAUUUGACCUAUCUGUCUAAAACCACAAACUCAUUAAAUUUCAGGACGGCUAUCGAAUGGAGCCGCCUCACAACUGCCCUGAGGAAAUAUACGGCGUAAUGGUGAUGUGUUGGCAGGAGAAACCCGAAGCUCGGCCGCAAUUCCAAACCAUCGCCGACUAUUUCGAAUGGCUGGUGGCUGAGGCUAUGAAGAUGGUAGGUAAAAUACGUAUCUGAUGUGUCUUCCUCUUUUUACAGAAUCAAGGAUCCAUUGAUGAGCAUUAUAUGACAACCGAAGAGCUGAAACAAGGAGAAAAUGGGAAACGAAAACGACCGUUGAGUGCGCCAGGGAUGCUUAGUAUUGAGGUAAGAUUUGGAUAAAAGUAUAUUAUACAUGUUUGACUUUGAAGGGUCAUAACUCGACGUAGGAUUGAUCAUUGUUAAUGACCUUUGUUUAAACCAAAUGGUAACUACUAAGGAAUAAAAUGAGCUAUUGCUUAUAAAAAUUGAACAAUUCUAUAAAAAGUUAUAAGCAUUUUACAUCCGCGAACUUAGCUAAACCACCCUGUAUAUUAGUCUGUCGGGAAAAUAAUGAGCACUCUGUCGCAUCGGAAAUCGCGGAGAAAAAAUUAAUUGUGUCGCGACAAAAUCAAGUUGCUUUUCACUUCAGCGACGCGAUUGGCGCAGCGGCCGUGUGCUCAUUAUUUUCCCGACAGAUUGCUCUAAUAUGUAUUGCAAAAAGUCUUCAAAAUUUCCUUGUGUUUUUGGUUUGAUGAGAAAGACGAAAUUUUUGUGGUCUUUCGGUCGAUUUUUCACGUCGGCCGGGCUUAUUUUGCUGCUAGAAAAAGACUGUUUUUUACCCAAAGUUGGUCUGCACUAUCCACCCACAAUAAUUUUCCCAAAUGCUGGCAGAAGUUUAGAGCAUUCCGUUGUGAGAAAUUUAUCAGUCUGUCGGGAAAAUAAUGAGCACUUUGUUGCAUCGAAAAUCGCAUAGCCAUCGAGAAAAUGAAUUGUGUCGCUACAAAAUCAAAUUGCUUUUCACUUCAGCGACGCGAUUGGCGCAGCGACAUUGUGCUCAUUAUUUUCCCGACAUUAAUAUUGACGGUGACCUUACAGUGGCGGACCUGAUCCAUGCCAAAAAACGUACCAUUUUGCAUCCGGGAAGUAUCAAAAAAUGUGGCAAAAUACCUCCCUUUCUAACUAAAGAAACUUUUGAAAUUGGAGUCCCUAGUUGGAGAGGGAGGUAUUUUGCGACAUUUUUGAUACUUCCCACAUGAAAAUGAUACGUUUUUUGCCACUGAAUCAGAUCCACCUCUGUAACUUAUCACUUCAUUCAAUUACAAGACGAUUUGACUCAAAAUUUCGGGUAUUUCAGACCUUUGUCAAAGAAUACGUCAAGUACAACCCUAAGCAUGGAAGUGUCCCAAACCUUCAUGACGAUCCCGAUACCAAAAUUACAUUUUCCACAGUAAAAAGUAACAGUCGAGAGCGAGGCCGAUCUCAUCAAACAAAGGCCGAUGAGAAAGAGCCGUUAUUGGAUAGCGCUUUUCAAGUAAGCAAAUUUAAAUGAGACACCUUUUUUGAGUCCGUAUUUUACCUUAAAAAUCUCAACUUUAGGAGCGAAAAUCUUAUGAAAAUAUCCAUGAAUACAUGAACAAUCAAGAGGAAGUUAGUGAAGCGCCGAUAAGAAAGUUUUCCGAAGCCAGAAGAGCCAGAUUUCCCCCUUUGAGACAGCCGAGGAUAUCAGAAUCUUCCGGGGAAUUCAAUCAGAAUAAUAUUCAAGCUGGAACAAGUAAGCCGAUUUUCCAUUUUCCAUAGCUGUCUCGCAAAUUUCAGGCCGUCUAAAUGAACCGAUUGUUCAUGUCCCCACAACCUUGACAAAUCAUGUUGUUCGAAGCCCUUCGGUAGAGUCCAGCUCCUCGGGACAUGGUGGCUCUAGCGCGAUGAGCAGCGCAGAAGGCUUCGGAAUCAAUGAAAUAUCGCAGAUUGUGUACACAACAAUAGAAGAUGCAGAGAAAGAAAGUCUCACCCCGAAAUAA